GGUGCCAUCCAGGGUUCACCUGAAAGUACAUAUAAAGAGUAAGUACUAUCGCCCUGCCCUACCUUUUAUAGUCCUUUUGAGUCCUUGCGCAAACCUAGAAUCUCCUUGAUAUCAAUACUACUUGCACAUAUCUUUCAUGAUGAUCCUCGACAGUCCACCUCCCACUUUCUCGACCCUCUCUCUGACGGUCAAUGACCAUCCCCUCAAGCUCUCCACCCUCUAUCGCCCCGGGCCGAAACCCGCCAUCCUCUUCCUCCACGGAUUUGGCUCUUGCAAAGAAGAUCUUCACGAUCUGGUCUACCUUCCUUCUCUACGAGACCACACCUUGAUCGCCUACGAUGCACCGGGCUGCGGUGCCUCUGAAUCCCAUGGUCCCAGCAGCGAUCUGACCAUCACCUUCCUCGUGGCCACCGCCGAAGCUGUGCUCAAGCAAUUCCACAUCACCACCUUCUAUCUGAUCGGGCACUCCACCGGCGCUCUGACAGGCCUCAUGCUCGCCGCCUCUCUUCCCCCCACACAAUACCAACUGCUCGCCUUCAUCAACAUCGAAGGCACCCUCUCGCCAGAGAACUGCUUCUUCCCUCGCUCUCUUUACACCGACCUCGUCAAAUCUUCCCCCUCCUCCACACCCGAAGACGACCUCCAGAAACUCAUUGCCCACGUCCACUCCACCCCAGGCUACUCACACGCUCUCUACGCCUCAUUACUACCCUCCCGCGUGCGCCCCGAAGCCGUCCGACCCAUCGUCACAUCCACCGUCGAGCUCUCAUGGAAGAACCUCCUAGGACGCUUCCUCCGAUUAUCCUGCCCACUCAUGUACUUGUUCGGGGACCAGAACCGCGAAGUGUCAUUUCUGAGUCAAUUAGAGACGAAAGGGGUCGAGCUGGCGCAGAUCCCCACGAGUGGACACUUCCCGAUGUACUCCAACCCGGCGAAGAUGUCACGGCGCAUCGAGGGAUUUUUCCGGGACUGUACUUACGCUGGCAGUAGCAGUAGUGGCAGUGGUGGGAGUUUCUAGCAGCGCAACAGUUUUUACUGGAGUUUCGAUUCGAUUUUUGUUAGAUAGAUACCUCGAUACGAUGUCUCAUGAUUAUUACCCACUACUCACUUACAUACCAUUUAGACAAGCAAUGUGAUAUUUUCUGUGAAUUUAAUUGGUUGGUUGAUCUACUAGUUUUGUGGAAUACGUAGAUACGCACUUAGCUUAGCUUAGUUUCCUUUUUUUUUAUCCACCUGAAGUGAAGAAGUAAUAAUGAUGAGGGUUGAAUGCCGAGCUGAUUGCUUGGCGAGCCAGUCACUCACUUUCACCGAAGAAUACCCUGCUCAGCUGAACUUCUAUCUAUCUACUGCACCUGCUGCAGUAGUCACUAACCACUGUGCAUGAAUUCAUCUAGUAGACACCUAGGCAAGAUAAGCAAUUCCCUUCUUUCUCGAUACUUUCCCGGUGUGCGAAUCCAUCUAGUAGCAAUUAUGAACAAUUUACCUACAGAAUACCAUCACAUGGUAGAGUAACAAACUUCAACGAAAAAAAGGGCAGAUUCCGGUCUAGAAUACUCCGUUGUCUUUCAACCCCACGUCUCCUGAUUUUGCCCCCAACCACCCUGACCAGUCAGCUAGACAAGACAGACAGACACAUGUC